AUGGAGAUCGAUCAGGCGCAGGCCACUGAACGAAGGAGGCAAGUUGAAGCACCAACAACCAAAGCAGCGAACAACGUGGGCAAGAAGAAAUCUAGGUUGGACCUGCUCAUAACCGCAUGUUGUGGCAAACACACAAUCUCUCUGGGAAAAUCCAAAGGAAUUCUCACAAAGUCACUAGCACCGUUACAAGGGUUGGAUGAGAACGAUGAAGAUGGAGACAUCGCCACCAGAAAAGCCACCCCGGGAGCCACCGACGCCACCGUCACGGUAACGAUCAAGAGAAGUGUCCACGUGACGGCGUUGAGCAACGGCGAGGGUAGUGUGGACGCCACUCGCCGGAAAAAAGAAUGGAAGCAGAGGAGGGACAUGAUCGUGGAGAAGUGA